AUGCCAAUAAUAUCCUCUCAAUUUCCCGAACAAAAUGUUGCUUUUAAUGUUAAUGAAUUUACAAAAAAUAUAAUUUUAAGAGAAAUUAAAAAAGUUUCGGAUAAUUUUAAAAACUCUAAACAUUUAAAUAAAGAAUUUUGGCAAAACAAAAUAUUUAAAAAAAUAAAUUUAAAAUUAAUUUACAAACAUUUUAUUUUGGUUAUUUGUACAGAAAUUAAUGAAAAUAAUUAUUUUGGGAAUUUCAAAUGUGGAUUAUUAAAAACAAAAUUAAGACUAAUAUUUAAAGAUUGGGCAGAAAAAAUUAAAAAGGAAAAAAUAAAUUUAAAAGAAUAUCAUUCAAUUUCUGGAUUUGAAAGAGAAAAAAAAUGUAAAAGAAUAAAGUAA